CGCAUGUGACCGCAGCGCAGAGCAGUCCAUUGUGCGUUUGCGGCGGGUGCAGUCUUUCACGCGUCUGAUGACAAUCGAGCCGCCGCCAUGUCGGGCCUGCCUGGCUUCACCGCCGUCAAGGACGUCCGGCCGGGAGUCCCGGGCCUCAACCUGCUGGGCGUCGUCGUGGACCUGCAGCAUCCAAGCAGGACCAGAGGCACAGACUGGGCCCUGAACUUUACCAUCCAGGACGACUUCUCUGCCGGCUCCGUUGGCGGCAGCUCCAGCCUGAGCUGUCGCGUCUUCAAGCCGUCCCAGGCCAGUCUGCCCAAGAUUGCCGGCCCCGGCGACGUGGUCAUUCUGCGCAACUUCAAGCUGAGUGUAUGGAAUACCCGCAGUGACUGCGUGAGCAACCCUGCCAGCGCCGUGCUCGUCUUCCCCGCAGCCAAGAUCCCCGUGCCCGAGUUCAGCCAGGCCUACAUGCUGGGGGGGAGAAACCAUCUGCCCUACGAAGCCACCGUUGGCGCGAGAGAACCCUCCGCAGCAGAGGAAAGAGCCGUUCUGGCCUUGAAACAUUCGUCAUCCAGCUCCGCCCGGGCCCUCCAGGAGCAUGCUUCUACCGCUUCGCUGAGCACCAGCAAGCGCAAGGAAGCUCUGAUCCAGGACCUGACGUUCGACAAGUACUCCGACAUCAAAGCCGAGGUCUUGAACAUCUACUACUCCAACUAUGGCACCGUCGAGCUCAAGGUCACAGACUACACGACCAACAAGCUUCUCUACCUGUACGCAGACCCAGACCGAGAUCCUGACAUGGUCUUCAAGCGCGAGUGGCCCGGCCCGUUUGGGCAAGUGACGCUGGAGGUGCGACUCUACGAUGCUCACGCUGCGUGGGCGCGGGACCAUCUUAAGAACGGCGACUUUGUCUUUUUGAAGAAUGUGUACACCAAGUUCUCCCCACGCAACGUGCUCGAAGGCUCAAUGCACAAAGACCAAAAAAAACCGGACCAGGUUGACGUGCGCAAGCUCUCGGACACUGCGGCGAUAGAAGCUAUAAAGCAGCGCAAACACGCUUACGAGCAGCAACGUUUGACCCAGCGGACCGUCCACCUCGCCAAUGUCCCCAAAAAGGCGUCUGCAAAAGCAUCUGCACGGAGGAAGGCCGAGAAAAGACAGAGACAACGUCAGCAGAAAGAGGCUGAGCUCAAAGCGAUUGAGGAGAAGGAAGAGGGCUGGGAAGCUGAGCGCAGUGGAGUCAAUCGGAACAUCCGCGCCGGAUUCCCUGAAAAACAGUGCUCUACGAUAUCUGAGAUCAUCAACAACCCUUUCUUGCAGACAAAGACCGCCACAAAACACAACCCGCUCACCCUGCCCUUUGUCAACAGCAAGCACCGAGCCCGUGUCCGCGCAGUCGACUUCUUCCCGCCGGAGCUAGAGUACUUCACGCACUCCCUGCACGACCCCAACUGGACGCCCUGCUCCAAGAAGGACCGCUGGGAAUGGGGCUUCGUGCUGCUCCUCGAAGACGCACACGUCCCGCGCGACACCGUCCCGCAGCAACUCCGCGUCCUCGUCAACAACGACUCGGCGCAGUACCUCGGCCUGCCUCACGCACGAGACCUGACCGCCGACCCGCCCGCCCUCGCACAGCUACGCGAGCGGCUCUUCAUCCUCUGGGGCAACCUCGCCGAGCUGAAGGACCAGCUGCGCGCCCGCAGUUGCGAUCUCCCGCUGCCGCCGGGCGAUAACAGGCUCGACAACCGGCCCUUCGACUGUUGUAUCGAGGAGUAUGGGUACGAGGUGCCGGUUGCGGAGGAUGCGCCGAUGGGGUACCAGCGCCUGCAUAGGCUGGCGUUUACGAAGAUUAUGUCGUGAGCGUGGUGGAGUGGUUGUACGGGGGUUCAGGGGUUUGGUGGGG